AUGGGUCGAAUCAAGAAGAAAGGAACCGCCGGUCAAGCCAAGAACUUCAUCACCAGAACUCAAGCCGUUCGAAAAUUGCAAAUCAGUCUUCCCGAUUUCCGCAAACUCUGCAUCUGGAAAGGAAUCUACCCGCGAGAACCUCGCAGCAAGAAAAAAGCCUCGAAAUCGUCCAGCGCCUCCACGACCUUCUAUUACACUAAGGAUAUUCAAUAUUUGUUGCAUGAGCCCCUACUGCAGAAGUUUAGAGAGCAGAAGGCGCUUGAGAAGAAGAUCUCCAAAGCUCUUGGACGAGGAGAUGCGCACGAUGCCUCGAGAUUGGAGCGCAAUGCUUCGAGACCAGAGAAGACGGGCCGGACGAAGUAUACACUGGAUCAUGUCAUCCGAGAGCGUUACCCUACAUUCAUCGACGCUCUGCGAGAUUUGGACGAUUGUUUAUCGAUGCUGUUCCUAUUCGCAAAUCUGCCUUCCACCGAUACCGUACCCGCAAAGAUGAUUGCGCGGUGUGAGCGGUUGUGCUUGGAAUUCGAGCACUAUUUGAUCAUGUCAAACAGUUUGAGGAAGAGUUUCUUGUCGAUCAAGGGGAUUUACUAUCAAGCUACAAUUCAGGGACAGGAUAUUCUUUGGUUGGUGCCGUACAGGUUCAAUCAGAGGGUUACAGGGGAUGUGGAUUUCAGGAUCAUGGGCACGUUUGUGGAAUUUUACCAGACGCUUUUGGGUUUUGUGAAUUUCAGACUUUACACAUCUGUUGGAUUGGUAUACCCACCCAAAUUCGACAAGAACAGAGAUGAUCAGGGAGCAGAACUCGGGGCGUUUUCGUUGGAAGGAAAUGGCGUUGGUGCGAUUGAGCAACCAAAGCCAAUUACCAAUGGCGAGAACUCAAAGCCGGAUCCAAAGCUCCAGGCUGAAAUUGACAAGCUCAUGGCGCAACUGAAUCAGCCAGAGAAGGAAGCCGAACAGGAACUACCCACGAGUCAAACUUUGGUGGACGGUGACGAAGAGCAACCCACGGAUACCAUUGAUAAGUUCGAGCCUGCUGCGCCAGGUGGAGAUAUCUUACUUCAACCCUCAUACUCUGCUACCGACCCUUCAACUCUAUUCUCCAACUUCACAUUCUUCCUGUCUCGAGAAACCCCCCGACAACCUCUCGAAUUCAUCCUCAAGGCAUUCGGGUGCAAGCGGAUAGGCUGGGAUGCAGUUCUUGGCGAUGGAGCAUACACACAUAACGAGCUUGACCCCUCAAUAACCCACCAAGUCGUCGAUCGACCUCCGAUCCAAAUCGACCCUGAAGCUGUAGAACAGGUCGAAGACAACCAGACCGCACAGAAACUAUCUCCAGGAUCCCGAGUUCCAGGACGAAUCUACAUCCAACCCCAAUGGAUCUGGGACAGCGUCAAUGACGAGGAGCUCAAGAGACCUGAUCUUUACGGCCCCGGCGCACAAUUGCCUCCGCAUCUUAGUCCUUUCGUGAAGAAAGUACGCGGUCAAUACGAUCCCAGCGCUCCUCUCAACGAACAAGAGCGUGAGGACGAGGAGCUGGAGGCUGACAGCGAUAUGGAGGAGGAUAUCUCUGGCGAAGACGACAUGGCUGUACAGGAACCCAAAUUCCUCACAGCGAUGGAAGUCGAUGCCACCGCGGAAGGAAUGGAUAUCGCCGGGUCCGAGGACGACGAAUCCGAAGACGCUGAUGUUGUCGAUAAUGAGGACGAUGACUUUGGCGGAUUUUCAGACGUUGAAGACGAGGAUGAGGACGAGGCUGCCGAUUCAGCUCUGCAACGCCAGCGCGAGCUAGAGGCUGAACUAACGGGUGUGGCUUUGGAGGAGAAAGUUGCAAAUCCAAAGGCUGAUGCUAAGAAGAAAGCCGCAAAGAGGGCAAAGGAAGAGGAUGAGGAGCUGGAGAGAGCCAAGAUGAUGAUGAGUCGUAAGAAGCGGAAGAUCCUCGAGAAGAUGGUAUAUAGCAAUAAGAAGAAGGAUGGUGAGGCCGAGGCGCUUCGGGCAAAGAGGAGAAAGAUUGAAAAAUCCGGGAAGGGUGCUCCGAGGGCGUGA